AUGGUUUUCUUGGGUGGAAAUCAUAUUGAGAACUAUCUUGCUUAUGAACUGCAAUGUGACAACAUGCACUGUUACACAACCGUUACCCGUAAUGCUACAUACCUCACGAAUUGGAUUGCUGAGUUACUUUCGGCUUUCGUUCCACAUGGAGGCAGAAGACUAAGGGUAUCUAUGGACAUGAUUUGGGACCAGUUCGUUAAUGAUGCCAACCUCUACCCUCCUGUUACACUUCAGUUCUGUUAUGAGCAUACAUGCAUCAUCUAUCAGGUUUCUCCUCCAGAUAACUUUCCAAGAUCUUCCCUGGAACACUUCUUGAAUCACGAUCAUGUAGACUUCUUCGGUUUCGAAAUGCUGUACAAAGUCCAAUAUCUUCGUCAGGCAUACAAUCUUGUUGUGAGAAACUGGUUUGAUAUUCCAUGUCAGGCCUGUCUUGCAAAUCCAACAAGGUACCGUAACGUUGCCAAUUUGUCUAUACAAAACAUGGUAUCCAUGGAUUUCUCGAAGCAGUAUAUAAAGCCUUCUAACUUUCUUCAAAGCGACUGGAGGUCGAAUAUACUUCCUAUUGACAAAGUAAAGUACGCGACCCUAGAUUGCUUUUUUGCCUACAAGUUUGCAAUUCGGGUCUCAAAUUUCCCUCGUCCGAAUUAG